UGAGGAGAUGCUGAGGGAUGCACUGCUGAAUCCGAAAGCUCCUGGUUCCACGGCGAGAGACACAAGCAUCACAGCAACUCGACACUCUUCUUCCAACAAGAAAAAAAAAAUCCACGAGAUGAAAGUCAGGUGUCACCACUCCACUGCAAACAAAUCCGUUAAGACCUUGGGGAAGCGUUACCAUGGUUCUCUGUCAGUUCUUGCAUAAAGUGUUUGGAGGUUUUCCGAGAACUUGCAGCCUGAUCAAAUCUCUGACAAAAUGCCUGUGAUGAAGGGUCUCCUCGCACCACAAAACACCUUCCUGGACAAUAUCACCAACCACUUCGACGGCACUCACAGUAACUUCUUGCUGGGAAAUGCUCAGGGUCGCUGUGGUUAUCCCAUCGUAUAUUGCUCAGAUGGGUUUUGUGAGCUGACUGGCUUUGUUAGGACGGAGGUGAUGCAGAAAACCUGCACCUGCAGCUUUCUUUAUGGAGUCGACACCAUCGAAAGUGUGAUCCAGAAGCUAGACAACGCUCUGGAGGGCCAGCGGGAGUACCAAGGAGAAGUCUGCUUCUACAGCAAAAAUGGAAAUCCAUUCUGGUGUCUCCUGGAUGUUGUACCGAUUAAGAAUGAGAAGGGCGAGGUCGUUCUGUUUCUGAUGUCUUUCAAAGACAUCAGUGAGUCGUAUGGGAAGAGCCAUCAGCACUCUCACAGAGACGGACUGUUGGAAACUGUCCAUCAGAGCAGAAACGGUAACCAAUCGCACUUUUUCCAAACACGCAAGAGGGGACGCACCAUUCUGUACCACCUGACCAACCUGUUUCCAAAGAGGGGCAAAAGAACCAUUCCUAAUAGCAUGUUCCAGAAACCGUCUCUGCCCGAGUACAAGGUGGCCGCCGUAAAGACGUCCCGCUUCAUCCUGCUGCACUACAGCAUCUCCAAGGCGUUAUGGGAUUGGCUCAUCCUGCUGGCGACCUUCUACGUUGCCGUUACGGUGCCUUACGACGUGUGUUUCGUCAGCCAUGACGAGGGCAGCGAACACCACUCACUUGUCAGUCGCAGCACUCUCGGCAGUGACAUAGCAGUCGAGCUGCUCUUCAUGCUCGACAUCAUCUUGAAUUUUUGUACCACCUAUGUGAGUCAGUCGGGACAGGUCGUGUAUGAUGCCCGAUCCAUCUGCAUCCAUUACUGCACCACGUGGUUCUUUGUAGACCUGAUCGCCGCAUUGCCCUUUGACCUCCUCUAUGCUUUCAACAUCACAGUGACUUCACUGGUGCACCUACUGAAGACGGUUCGUCUGCUGCGUUUGCUGCGCCUCUUGCAGAAAUUGGAUCGUUACUCCCAGUACAGUGCUGUGGUCUUGACCCUGCUUAUGUCUGUGUUUGCUCUGCUGGCUCACUGGAUGGCAUGUGUCUGGUACGUCAUCGGACGCAAGGAGAUAGAAAGCAGUGAUCCUGUUACGUGGGAAAUAGGCUGGCUACAGGAACUAGGAAAGCGCCUGGAGACACCAUACAUCAAUAGUACCGUGGGCGGCCCCUCCAUGCCCAGCGCCUACAUCGCCUCGCUCUAUUUCACCCUCAGCAGUCUGACCAGCGUAGGCUUUGGCAACGUGUGCGCCAAUACGGAAGCUGAGAAAAUCUUCUCCAUCUGCAUCAUGCUCAUUGGUGCCCUCAUGCAUGCAGUGGUCUUUGGUAACGUAACAGCCAUUAUCCAGCGUAUGUACUCACGCCGCUCACUCUACCACACCCGAAUGAAGGACCUGAAGGACUUCAUCCGCGUGCAUCGGCUCCCUCAGCAGCUCAAGCAGAGGAUGCUGGAGUACUUCCAGGCCACCUGGUCAGUUAACAAUGGCAUCAAUGCCAAUGAGCUGCUGCAUGACUUCCCUGAUGAACUGCGAGCUGACAUCGCCAUGUAUUUAAACAAGGACAUCCUGCAGCUGCCUGUAUUUGAGAGAGCCAGCAGAGGAUGUCUGCGCUCCCUCUCCCUGCACAUCAAAACCUCAUUCUGCGCACCCGGGGAGUACCUCAUUCGCCACGGAGACGCUCUGCAAGCCAAUUAUUUUGUCUGCUCUGGUUCUCUGGAGGUUUUGAAAGAUGGCAUGGUCCUUGCUAUCCUGGGCAAGGGAGACCUUAUAGGGGCGGACCUCCCGGAGUUUGAGCAGGUGAUCAAGACCAAUGCAGAUGUAAAGGCUCUGACCUACUGUGACUUGCAGUACAUCAGCGUGAGGGCUCUGCGGGAAGUCCUCGGGUUGUAUCCAGAGUACGGCAGCCGCUUCAGCUUGGACAUCCACCACCAUCUCACCUACAAUUUGAGAGAAUGCAGUGACGCUGAUAAUUGUGGUUCUGUGGACCACAGUCAACCAUACAUUGUUGAGACAAAAGAUGAGCACGGAGAUGACAUGGGACAGUUUCAUCACAAAGGAGUACCUCUGCUGUAUGGAAUGAGCAGUCCUCUACGCCAACCCCGUCUCACCACCCUUCUGGGGGAGGAGGUGCUCCACAUCAAAGCUAGAGGUCGUAGCCCACCUCCUCGUCCAUUUACCAUUGAAGAACACUUCCCAACUCCUUUGUCCAGCCACCAGCCAGCAAACCUGCUCCUGCCAUCGCUGCCUUGUGUUAGUCCACUAAACCUUAGCCCCAGGGUUGUUGACGGAAUUGAAGACAAUGGUCAUACAUUUCUAUUUAAUGUAGAGCAGAAUGAAGAAAGCAUAAAUGUGAAAGACCGAUUCCAAGUAAGUGCUAAUCUGCUGCUGGAGACUGAAGAAGUGAGACAGAAUGUCAGCAAACUGAACAAAGAGGUGAGCAGCUUGAACCAAGAAGUGUCCAACUUGGCCAAGGAGCUCCAUGAAAUAAUGCACUUCCUGCAGGUUCAUAUAGCCAUGAUACAUUGCACCCCGUCCGUUUCCACAUACUCCUACAGUGCACCAGUGGUUUCCAGCUCCAUUGUGACCACUUCCAACCCCUGGCAACCAUGUGUUCCUAUAAAUAUAGCCACAGGGCUACACCUCUGCCAUGAAGUCAUUAGCCACCCUACCAGAAAUGUGUGGGGCUGCAGCACGAUUCCACCCCAAGGUAGAAGCCCUACUCUGAUCCAUUCUUCAAGCCCGAAGUCUUCCUGUUUACACCUGUGCUGCUCUGACAGAGACGGGCCCACAUCUCACAAACUGCAGAGUCAGUGCAGUCCCUUACAGUCCUCAAGAACAACCCCCAACUCUCCCUAUAUUCCCCACUCUCGUGGUCAGGGUGGUCCGUCCCUCCUCAGUCUCAGUCCUGGUUUUACAAGCUACCCAGUGAUGUGUGGGGUGAACUGUACUACCUCUAUACCAACUCUGACCAACUCCCAGUGCUCCACAGGAAAUCAACUUCCAUCUUACCCCUCUCAGAAUCCUCAAACUACAUCUGGUCUCACACAGACAAACUCGCACACCCCAAUCCAUUCCUCCAUUACCCCAACUGGUCAGUCAGAACUUCACACUGCCUUCAGCUCACUGACCCCAUCGACACUCCACACCUCAGUGUGCACGUCAUCCCACAGGUGGGGACAAGAGGCCUCAAUCAGCCGCCCCAGGCAAAAGGACCCAGCUGGGUCCAGCACAGUCCACCACACCCACAACUUUACAUCUCUGUCAGGGCAAGACAGCAGGGAGUCGGUAUAUGUAGAGUCUAAAGAAGAAAGGUCCGACAUCACCGAAUCUCAGGAUACAAGCAGAAGCAAUCCGACCAAUCCGAUCCCAACACAACACUGA